CGUCAAAGUACCACGUGACCAUCCGCCAUUGCAGUAGGCCGAUGGUGGAAACCAUGUCUUGCGUUGUAAACAAGGGCAUAUUUUACGUAAAAUAACCGUGAAUUCUUUUAUCGAAUGGCAUAAUGGUCACUACUUGUGCCGUGAAGGGUUGUCGUAAUCGUGCUGAUCCGGCAGUAAAGCGGGGUUUCUUUCUAUUCCCCAAAAUACGGACACGUGAAUGCAGAAGAACUGAGGAGUUCAGCCGUCGUCGCCGUGAAACCUGGAUAGCCAGACUCGAUAGAAAAGACUGGACACCGUCCCAACAGUCGAGGGUCUGCUCAGAUCACUUCGUACAAGGAAAACCUGCAGGUCUGUUUGACACAAACAACCCUGAUUGGGCACCAUCCCUUAAGCUUGCUGGUGAAUCAGCCCAGAAAAGGAAGGCUAGUCCUACCGCUGCCUGCGUAAGAUCCAGCAGAUCAUGCAAGAGGGAGAGACGAAGAAUGACAGCUGCCGAAUCUUUACUUGGAUUGAGUAGGGACAUCCCUGAGCCAGCCAAUGAUGCAGAGGCGAAGGCAGAUCCAGAGACAUCUGGUGAUUUGGCUGCAGAGAUGGAAGCUGUCAAGGUGCCAAAUGGCAUUAUAUCUCCUCUGGAACAGACUGAGGAAAGGCCAGUAUGUGACUCAACUGUCAAGGUGGAGGAGACUGAGCGACCAACAUCUGAAUCAGUCACAUCAACAACGUCUCCCAUGCCAAGUGAGCAAGACCCCUCCACUGUGCAGUGUGCAAACACUUCUCCAACUUGCUUCAAACAUGAAUGUCAAAACCUUGAAAGGAAAAACAUAAAGCGUAAGGGUUUGAUGAAAGAAGAUGUGACAUCAGAGGACUCGUUCAAAGACAAUGACAGCAAAGUUACUUACUAUACCGGCUUGCCUUCUUUUAAGAUUUUGAUGGUUGUGUUUAACUUUGUCAAGCUUUACAUACACGAGACUGGAUUGGUAGGCCUUAACAAGUUUCAAAUGCUGAUCCUCACCCUCAUAAGACUCAGGCUUAAUCAAUCACUGGAGGACCUGGGGCACAGAUUCCAUGUAUCACAAGCUACGGCAUCUCAGGUAUUCUUGAGAAUUAUUCACACGUUGUACAUAAGUUUACAAGGCUUCGUAGUGUGGCCAGAUCGGGAAGAACUGCGAAAAACUAUGCCAGUGACAUUUAGACAACAGUUUGGUUGCAAACUUGCUGUUGUCGUAGAUUGUUUUGAAAUGUCUAUCGAGAGGCCUUCUGAUUUGUUGGCUAGAGCACAGACUUGGUCGCGCCACAAACAUCACAACACUGUGAAGUACCUGAUUGCAACCGCACCACAGGGCUCUAUCUUGUUCAUAUCCAGUGCAUGGGGAGGACGCGCAAGUGAUAAAUACGUCACCACAAACAGUGGACUCCUCGACAAGCUUUUGCCAGGAGAUCUCGUGCUAGCCAGUCGAGGCUUUGAAAUAGCUGAAAAUGCUGGAUUGAUGUGUGCUGAAGUUAACAUUCCUUGCUCCACCGAAGGAAAACCGAAUCCUAUGAUUCAUGAAAUUGAAAUAACUAUAGCACCUGUGAGAAUGCAUGCAGAGAGAAUCAUUGGGCUUACAUCAUGUGCUAGGAGCAAAUUUGCUAUUCUGUCAAGUACAAUCCCCGUCACCUUGUUGCACAGUGACACUGGGGAUAAACCCGUGAUUGACAAAAUUGUGUCAGUCUGUUGUGCUCUGACGAACAUUUGUGAAUCACCUGUGCCUUUUAAUUGAAUAAAAAUCCAGACGUGCAGAACAAAAACCAAGAAAUUUUGUGAAUCAGUUGUACCAGAAGUUUAUUGCCGUGUGCAAAAACUGUCAAAUAUUUGGAAGACUUUGAAGGUAUGAAAUGUGUAGAAAAGUCUCCACAUACUGAAAUCUUCUCAUCACUGAACCUGGUUACUAUAAUUAUUUAGAUUUGUGGACUUGAAAAUGCAGAUUUUUUAUUUGUUUAAUUGUAAUUUCAGAAAAGAAUGUUAACAAUUGUACAAUUAGUCAAAGAAAACGAUUUUUGUUGUCCAAGCAUGGAGUGACAAUGUAUUCAUUUUGAAAGCCCUUAUAGCCCCAAUAUCUGGUACUUCUUUUUUGCAUUACAAUAUAAUUAUACAGUAUAUUCUGCAACCAAUAUGAAAUGUACAAAAGUAAAGCAUCUUUUACAACUGAUUCAUUCAGUGUUGAGUAACUUGAGUUCAUCUUCAUUCCUUUCACUUAAUUAAAAUAAGACGGACGUUAAGAAUCUUUUGUUUUUACAGUGUCUGCCGCGAUAUGCAUUGAAUCAAGUAAUGUGUAUUUACAGAAGAGGGUUAUAAAGAAUUGUUUAUUCAUCCUACUUUUUUACCAAUGAGGCUGAAGAUGAAAAUAAAUGAGGAACAUGAAGCAAAACAAAU